ACGCUCCGGUGCGGGCCGGGCGGGAAGCGCUGGGGCAGGGGGCGGAGGCCAGCGCGUGCUGGCGCCCCCAGGGGCAGGGCGCGCGCGGCUCUGGCGGUCUCCCCUCCCUCAGCGCGCGGCCUGCCGGGCGCGUGUGAGGAGUAUCGCUGGGCUUGCCCCUGGUCUGCCGCGCGGCCGGUUCGGCGCCGGAGCCUCCCUCUCGAUCGGGCAACCCAGCCACAGGGCAGGCUGGGUCCGUCGUCUGGGUGGGUGGCAGCUGCUGCCGCGCGGACGGCGAAGGGGCCGCCCCUGGCGCGCUGUGCUGGGGGGGAACCCCCGGCUCCCUGCUCCGCAGCCGCCUGCCCUUGGCGGCCUGGAGCAGGCGCUGGCGGGGGGGCAUCUUUCGGCCUUGUAGCUGCCCGGGCAGGCCUUCUAGACGCGUCAGUAUCUUUCCCGCCAGCAGCGCCCCUCCCCCCGCUCCUGGGCAGUUACCGACCCGUCCGCUUGAAACGGGAGUGGCCGUUUGUCAACGGCUCCCGCGUCACACGGGUCACGUGAAAACGCCUCUGCGGCAGCCUCGCUGACUGACCCCGGCCCGCGGCGUAGGGUUUAUUGCCACAGGUACUGCGGAAGUGUUGGUAUUUCUGCGGCACCACGGCAAUUAUUUUUCUAUAUUGUCCUCUGUGGGGGGAGCAAAUUUAGAAAAACAAACAAACCAAAAACUCACCCCCAACCCCUCAACCUAGGUGCGGUAUUUAGAAUCCAGCAGAAUCUCCUCCUGUUCUAGUCGCUUAAAUUAAAAUGUGGGUAUAAAAUAAUAGCUCUUUACAUCUUCAGAGUGCCUUGUAAACCUUAGCGAAUCAAUCAGAUUUGACAUAGCUCCUUAAGUGUGAACUCAAAAGAAUUUAAUGGGAAAAAGUCUGCAGUGGGUGGACUGAGUGACAGCUCGAAAAUAUGGGUAGCGAUAGUGUGUAGUUUUUUUUUUUAAUGAGGAGGAUAUGUUUCUCUGGAGUACAAAUUUAAUUUUUGUCCUUGGUAAAUUAUUAACAACCCCAUUAGGAAAUUAAUAUGAAACUCCUAAGAACUUAGUUGGAGGAAUCGGUUAGUAAAAUCAUUUUGGUCAUUUUGACCUUGGUUCUAUGAUGGGAUUAGUUUAAAUAACACAGUUAACUUUGUGUGUGUGUGUAACAUUUUAAAGUCAUAGUUACUGGAUGGAGAAAGGAAGGUUUCGGUAUAACUCUUGGGACAAUUAGAUAUAGUGUGUAAUAUAAUUAAAAAUCUUAAAUUGCAACAUGCUUAAGCAUGUAUCUAUAAAGUUCGCGUGAAAGAUUAAUUGCACACAAUGUGCUCUGCCUGUAGGCAGAUUUCUUAGUAAUUUAUUUUCAAAUAGCUGAUGUCAGUGAUUUAAAUAAGACAUUCCAGAAUAUUAUUUCUCUGUGGUAGGAUCUUGGCCACUUAAUUUAAAAUUGAAUCAUUGAAAUGCCUAAUAGAAAACUUCCAUGAAGUACUUCACCUUUUUUCCCUUGGGCAAGAUGUCUAUGUCCAACACAUAGUAGUUCCCUUGAUUUUAUAACCUGUUUUUAUAUUCCGCUCCAAUGCAUUUUAAGAUAUUCAGAAGUGGUUUAAAUCUUUGAAUGACAGUUGAGAAGUAUUCUGAUCUUUAAAAGUUACAUUCUAUGUGCUGAAAAGAAAUUCCACAUAGACAUUGGGUUUUUUUUUUUUUUUUUUUUUUUUUGAAUUUGAAUGGUAGGUUUGGAGUUCUCAUAAAAGCCGAAUUUAGUUCACUUGUCAAUUCUGCCACUUAGUGUGAAAGCUUUAUCUGUUGCUUCUUUCAGUGUGGGUAGAAGAUCAUAGUUGAUGUUAUUUAGACAGAUCUCUUCUUGGAAUGUUGUUGGAUUCAGCCAACAUUAGCUGUUGUUGUUUCAGCGUGUGGAAGUUUUGAUGUGAAAUCUAAUUAAAUCCCUUUGCAAAGUCUCGUUAAAGCGUGUUUUAUAAUGCAGUUUUUUAAUUGGUAAUUUUACACCGAGGUUGUUUUAAGUGGAUGAUUGUUUGAGUUGUAGGCAAAGUCUGUUCUUCAGAUGUUUCUGCUUACUGUGUAAGUAUAAAGGCUACAAGUUUCUCCUCACAUCUGUGUAAGGAUUUACAUGCAUAAUUCCCCAUGCAUUGAGCAAAGAACUUGAAUCUAAACAUGUAGUAGAAGACAAAUGACUUACUUUUGCUGUCCUUGGAAAACAUGCUUCCAAUCUCCACUGACUUUAUUAAUGCUACAGCUAAUAUAUUUUUCAUGCUUAAAUAUUCAGCAAAUGCAUUGUCACUUCUGUUUGAGUAUUUUCCAUUCAUACCUCUUCCUUUAAUUCACUAUACUGCACCAGGGAGCCCUUAGUUGGAAUUAUGAUGCAUUUUGCUAAGUGAAAAUCAGAAAUAUAGAAGAUAGGGCUGGAAAAGACUACCUGGGUCAUCUAGUAUAACCUUUUGCGUAGAGUAGGAUUAUCCUUCUGUCUUGUAAAUGAUAACCUUGUAUGUAAAUGAAAGGAUUUCUUUUUUUUUUCCCAGCUGUAUUGCGUAGUAAAUUCAUAUUCAGUUUUUCAUCUGUCACCCAAAUCCUUUUCUGUACACUCAUUAAAUAGAUUUUUUUCUAAAGUUUAAACUUGCACUUAAAUUUACCUAUUUCUUCAAAAACUCAGUUUUGUAGCCAUUUUACUUUCUUAACUUAUUGUAUUACAGUAGCACCAAUUUGAGCCAUGGCCUCCUGGGUGCUCCCCUGAGGCUGGGAGAGGAGCCUUUAGAUGUGGGCCGGCUUGAACCCCCCACCCUGGACCUAUAGGUUGCAAGAGAACCACAUGCCAGUGCUUCAAAAGCAGCGUAUCAACUGGUGAUGUUCCCCUUUCCCCAUGCAAGCUUUGAAGUACAGCAAAGAAGUGAAAUCCAUUGAGAAUAGUCUGUAAAGGUUAUUUGGCCUCAAGUGACUUCACGAGCUGUGUAAAAGGUGUCAAGCGGGGUUACGCCUUUUAGCAGUAAGAAGAGGAGCAGGUGCCCAUCUCCACACUCUGAGAGCUCCUGAAAUUAAGGACUGGAGACGUUUCAGAACAUUCUGGCCAACCUCUCCUGUGUCUCAGAGAAGAGACAAUAGUAUGCCAUGGUAAAUAAUAUCAAAUGCCACAGACCGAUCCUGGAGGCUGUGUAGGCAUCCUGCCUGAAUCUGUGGAUAGCAGGUCAUCCAUCAACUCUGCUGAUGCCCUCUGUUCCAUUACCAGGACUGGACUCUACCUGAGAGAUUUCCAGAAUAUUGUUGAUGGAUGGUGCUGGAUGCCUUUGCUAUCACAUGUGAAUUUUCCUCUCAGCACAACCACAGAGUCUCACUUAUCUCCACUUGCCUAUAAUGGCAGUCUACUGCUUGGUCCAAACGAUGUAUAAGAAAAUAUUUCUCUGACCAUUCAGAGAACCAGAGGGAAAAACCCUGAUAGGAGCUGCCAAGAAGUUGUAAUCUGCUUCUCUCGCCUUCAGAUCCUGAAUAUUGGGAUUGAUCAUGUCGUUCCGAUUUGGACAACACCUCAUCAAGCCCUCGGUUGUGUUUCUGAAGACCGAACUGUCCUUCGCUCUUGUAAACAGGAAGCCAGUGGUCCCUGGGCAUGUCCUUGUUUGCCCACUCCGGCCGGUGGAGCGUUUCCGUGAUCUGCGACCUGAAGAAGUGGUUGAUUUAUUUCAAACGACACAAAUGGUUGGAAAUGUGGUGGAGAAACAUUUCUGUGGCACUUCACUCACCAUUUCGAUUCAGGAUGGUCCUGAAGCUGGGCAAACUGUGAAGCACGUUCAUGUCCAUGUUCUUCCAAGGAAGGUUGGAGACUUCAGCAGAAAUGACAGUGUCUAUGAUGAGCUGGACCGUCACGACAAAGGAGAAGAGGACUCCCCUGUCAAGUGGAGGUCUGAGGAUGAAAUGGAAGCCGAAGCAGCAAGCCUGAAGAAAUAUUUUCAGUAAAAUCUGAGGUGAGACAAUCUGGAACAAAUCCUGGAGCAUAAGAAAACCAAAAAAGGGACUCAUUCUCCAGCACUCUGUGACAUUGGACCUGCAGCUAAACAGCUUAGAUGACAUUCUACAAACAAUGGAUUCGUCCACGAAACACUCUAUUGUACCGUUGGAUAUCAGUGGGGUUGAAUUUCAGCUAAGUCAGCUGACAGACUGGGUUCAACACAACCUAAUGGCUCAUAUUUUCUGAAUGAUGUACGUGGGAACGAGUCUUUUACAAUUGGCCCUGGGCCUAAACGGAAAUUAAAUAUUCGCAGCAAUAUUUGUCUGGUGUGUUACAUUACAAAAUAGUGGCUCCAUGUUGUGCCUAACGACAUUCUGUUUGUAAUGUAGUGCAGCGCAGAAAAAUUACGUCUUUUAGUACUACUGUGCCUCUCAGAAACCAAAGCUUUGUUAUAGCCGAGAUACGAUAAGCCUGGAGAGCUGCCAUUUUGCUAGAUAAGAUAACAGAACAAGAAAUGCAUAGAUUUUCUUAAGAUCAUACAUUCCACUCUUACUUUUAAGGUGUUGGUACAAAGUUGUAGGGGUUUAAGAUAGUGCAAUAUGCCUUAGGGAAUUCAUCAAAACGUGAAGCUGCUCAUGUGGUAUUCAGCACGUUACAGACUAUGAUGUAAGGGUUGUUGCUUGCAACAAAACAUGUUAACUUUGGUUGGUUGUUAUUCACUUGACGUACUCGCUCAGUAAUAACGAUCAUCUGCAGUGCUGCUCUGAGGAGACUCUGCAGUCGUUUAGCUGUUUACUGCCAGUGCGUCACAGAGAAUAUGUGGCUGAAAUGAAGGCAAAUGGACGUACAAUAUCCUGGCAAGAGCCCUGAACUGAAGCACCAGCGGUGGCACUCUUGAACUUUGGCUCCCGAUCCCAAGCUGAGUUUUGCAGCGCGGGUCUACAGUUGUCACGAGAAGAAGGCAGCUUUUGUCAUCCCUUGCCACACAGUGGUGUGUGGGACAACUGUGUUCUUAAUGCAGAAUGGGUGAGAACGGCAAUAGCUCAGAUACUCUGCGAUUGCUGCUUUAAACCACGGCAACCUGUACACCAUCUUUGCAGUGGGGUUGGCAUGGGCCAUCAGCCGUGAACAUACCUGAACUUCAGAGAAGUUCGGAGUCAGAUCCGAAUCAGGAUUCAAACGCCACCAGAUUGACCCGACGCUGCAUCAAACAAAUCAAACAUGCCAGAAAAUGUGUAAAUAAAUAAUUCCUCCAGGAGUGUCACUGAAGCACAGUCUGAUUUGAGACUUAGUGAAAAUGCCCAGGGUAUGCACAGUGCUUGGGCCAAAGUCCGGCCAGGACCAGGGAUAAAUUUGGCCCAUUGACUUAGAAGGCUGCUGAGCAAAUACAGAGAGUAACUAUGCAUCCGAUGAAGUGAGCUGUAGCUCACGAAAGCUCAUGCUCAAAUAAACUGGUUAGUCUCUAAGGUGCCACAAGUACUCCUUUUCUUUUUGCGAAUACAGACUAACACGGCUGUUACUCUGAAACCUAUCAAGAGCAAAACAAACGCAUUCGGCUAGAGUUAGGCUUGGCAGAAUUCAUUUUUUUAAUACUUGUGACAGAUAAUAGCAAUGUUUAUUUGUAAGUAUUUUUCCAAUUAUUAUCAAUUACAAUUUUCACAGUUACACAGAAUUAUGGGGUUUUAUGCAUUUCUUUCAGUUUUCAUCAAUUUAAAUUUUCACAGUUGCAGGAAAUGCUGGGGGAGGAAGUCAGACAGUUAUUUAAUGACAGGAGAGAUUGAGAUUCAAACAGUUAAAACUUUAUAACCAUCAACAUCACAUGUCAAACUGUACAAAGUAAAUAUCCUCAAAUCAAA